AUGGACAACUUUGAUGUGUCCAAUUUCGACAUCAACGCCAUCCUGCGUGGAGCACAACUGACAUUGGUUGGUGUAAACCGUGCCGUUCAAAAUCCAGGCCUCUUCACUUCAAGCCACUACCGCCAAGCUGCCAUUGCCGUAGCUGCGGGUAUUGCUAUUCGCAUCAUCGUGGCUGUCCCUGUCAUCGCAGUACGAUUGCUGCUAUGGACCCUCUCGCUGCUUGUGAACAUGGAACACGCCCACUGGGACGACUCCAUCAUAGACGGCCUGCACUUCAUUGAGCACACUGUGCUCCAGGUCCCCUUCUUCCUCAUGACUAUGAUGCGCUACAUGACUCCCACAUUGGACCAAAUGUAUGUCUUCCGUAUUCAUUUGUUUUGCGCAGAGAUCAAUCUGACAGGCUAUGCCAGGUUCAUGGACUCCCUCCGCUGGGUCGAUUCGACCUAUGUGCAGAAGCACCAAACCGAAGAUCCGCAGAACCUCCGCGCCAUGUACGCUCAGAACCUCGAACAAUACCCUGCCCAUGCGCCUAGGGCUGCAGAAGAUAACAAGGGAAAAACACCGCUCAAGCAAGCUAUUAUCAUCUACGCAGUGAAGCAGGGCAGAAAGGCAGCCAUCUCGCUAGCCGUAUUCGCAUUGUCAUACGUACCCUAUGUCGGCCGCUUCGUAUUGCCUGCUGCCAGUUUCUAUACCUUCAGAAAGUCAGUUGGAACUCCGCCAGCCGCCGCAAUCUUUGCAAUCUCACUCUUGUUUCCACGGAGAUAUUUAGUCACAUUUUUGCAAGCUUACUUUUCCUCGCGCACACUCAUGCGUGACCUACUGGAGCCUUACUUCACUCGCGUACGGUACAACAGCGACCAGAAGAAACUUUGGUUCAAGGACCGAGCCGGUGUACUUUUCGGUUUCGGCCUCGGAUUCUACGUCUUCGUCAAGAUCCCGCUGGUGGGUGUACUUAUAUAUGGUCUGGCAGAAGCGUCUACAGCAUAUCUUAUCACCAAGAUUACAGAACCACCGCCACCACCCACCGAAGCAGAGAAGUUCAAGUCGGACUCGAUUCGUUGGAAGAACAAGCACGAGUUCUUGAGUCUUCCUUGGCAGCACAUGGACGAGUACAAUAUCGCGCGACACAAGCCAGCAUUCCAAUCAGAUGUUCGCCAGACACCACGAAAGACUUUCAGUUGA